AUGAUAACAGACAGAGGUGCUGAGCCCAACGGAAAGAUCUACGCGAAAGCGGUGCAGGAGGUCCUUUCAGAGAGAGCUCGUCUGCAGGCUGGAGGGCUUCCUCCAUCAGCAGGUCCCAGCUCAGGGGGAAGACCUGCCCCUGCCGUGUGCCCCCGCUCUGUCUCCAAGUCCCUGGCUGGAGGUAAACGCAAGGGCUUGGAAGAAGAGCAGCAAACAGCAGCGCAGCUGCCUGCUACCAAAAGAGCGAGGGCUGAGAGCGGAGGCAGCGUGCCGGCUCCAGCAGCACAGCCUGGGCCUGCUGCAGCACGGAGCUCCAAGCUGAGAGCAAGAAGACGACAACAAAAAGAGAGGAGAGGGCAACUGAAGAAGGCUUCCCUCAGGGCUGCAGCUGCACAUGCAGAGUCCUCCGCCAUGAACAGCCUGGUGGAGAUGAUGCAGAAGCUGCAGCUGAACGACUGAGAGGAGGAGCAUCAGCAGGCAGCGCUGCAGUGCGCGGCGUUGCAGGGCAGCGUUCCGAGUGCCGCCCAACUCGGCAUUCCUAGUUUGGUUUAGUCAAUAAAAAACAUCACCAUAGAGAUCAACA